GGUUCAACGAACGUUAUCGAUGGUACUAUUUGCUAUCAUUCAAAAUGCUCCUUUUUCGAGCGAGCGGUCCUCGCCGCCCGUGCAAUAGUCUUAGUUAGUCUAAUGAACAUAUAUCGCACUGGUGUUAUCAGCACUGCCCUCCUUGCUCGCCUUCGAAUUUCAUUUGCGCCUCAGCAUUGGAAUUGCCCAGGUCAGUAACGAGGUGAGGCUAUGCCGCGAACUGCGCAUAUAUCUUGACUGUCAGGUAGUGACAGGUAGGCUUCGCCUUCUCCCACCAGACAUGAGUGGCUCUACAACGCCAUCGUCGAACACUCCACGUUCGCAGCGGUUCCGAGACUCUGUUCAGAACAUCCCGACACCUGGUACAGAAGGACACCGGCCAAGGCGUCAUGAGCCCAUUGUUUUGAACAUUUACAUCAUUGGAGGGACUGCUCUACUCAUGAUAUGUAUGGGUAUUGCACUUGAAGUAGCUCUGCACGUGUCAGAUAAAAACAAUGGCUACUCGGUACCUCAAAAGAAUGUGAUCCCCAUCUUAUCAACUCGGUUCAUAACGUCAUUCGUUCCGACGUUGCUGGUAAUUCCUUUCGUGUUUUUCUGGGCUGUAGCAGACUGGAUGCUCAGGUGGUACCAGCCAUAUGUCACGCUAUCCGAGGGCAACGCACCUGCAGCACGUAGUAUCCUAUUAGACUAUAUCGCACUCAAUCGGCUAACCACCUUGUAUUAUUCCCUCAAAUAUCGACAUUGGUUAAUCAAUAUAUCAACAUUUACCGCCCUUUUUGCCAUCCUCAUGCAGCCGCUGGCCGGAUCCCUCUUUCAGGUACAACAGGUACCCUACACCGAAGCUGCCACCGCAAUAAGCAUAAGCACCGUCGGGCUUUCGCCUACCAUCAGUCAACUUAACUCAUUUCUCGCUUCUGCGGGGUAUGCAGAUGCUGCAGUCUACAAUAACCUUCAAGAUCCAUCAUUCGUUCAUGGUGGAUGGUCUGCUGCUCCAUUCACGGUUCCUCCAGGCUCUAUCUUGAAUGGGACUCUGGCUAUAAACACUACAGCUAUUCAAACGCAUGUCAACUGCACAAAACCAACCUCCUUCGAGACCACCAACAUCUCCAGCUCGAAUGUUGUAUUACAGGCUACCUUCUCGGCUAGCUGUAACGCCAGUCUCAGUCUUAACCCUAAUGAUGGUCCCGACCAAUUCUCUGUAACAGCGGCGUCAACAUGCGCACCCUUGUACCAGGAUCUCAACUUUCAGCCCGUUUUUUACUGGUUCUAUCAUGUGACUGAUGACGGAGACCCACAAGGGACUGCCGUUUUCUGCCAACCAAGUAUUGCCAUCUUCAUAGUCUCAACUACGAUGGACACGAAUGAUGGGUCUAUGGGAGACUGUAUAAUUAUUGAUACCUUCGACUCUACCAAUAACGUCACAGGUAGCCCCAUGAACGGCGAAGUAUACAAUGGGGUCAUCUUCGAUUCGAGCAACAACACGUAUGUUAGCGCCCGAGCGGUGGCCAUUGGUUCGAGUGUACCAGGAGCUAUAUAUCAUUACGCCUCGCAACAAACGGGCGGUUUACAAUCCGUAUUCGAUGAUCCUUAUGGAUUCGCCAAUGCCACUUCAAAGAUCUAUACACAACAUCUUUCCGUUGCCGCGCAAAGCAUCUAUUUCCUGCCGUUCAACGAGACUGUUCCUGCCCAGCUGACAUCAGAUGUUCAGAGGCUGCUUGUCGAAACUUUACCAGCACACCUACUUUCCAUACUAUUGAUUUGCAUCGCAAUUAUAUCGUUCAUCGUUCACAUUCUGCACAGACGCUCUCGCAGAAACCUUUGGUUGACAAGUCCGCCUGGCUCGAUCGCAUCAAUCGUAUCCCUCACAUCGCGUUCUGGCUUUGGCGAGCUCUUGUUGCCCUACGAUGACGUAAAUCGGAUGAACGGCAGCCUCAAUGGCCUUACCUUCCGUCUUGAUAAACGAACGGGAGCCAUAGUCGCAGAAGAAGACUUUGGCAUUAUUGAUGGUACGGACAGUACAGCGCUGUUGGGCAAUAAAAGGGGCUAUAGCGUGGCGUCGGGGGUAGACAGCCUUUCUCUACUCUCGCGGACCUCUUUCAAGGAGAAUGGGAAACCUGACAGUUCUUAACGGAAGGCUUUACUUUGGACGCUAUCGUGCCUCAGAUAUGUUUGGUCUUGAAACGUUUUUUUACGCUAUUUACGUCUGCUGUUAACUAUCCUUUGUUUGGUAGCCAAUUAUGAACAUUUUCAUGCUCGACAUUAUAUUUCACCACCUCAUGUAGAAGGUUCAGCCGGGCUGAUUUAACCAAAGAGCCAUAUGUUGGAUCCUCGAGAGUGUUUGGUGAAAGUAUAAAUAUAUAAAUGCCCCAGAAACUCCUGUUAUUGAUUGCCUCAGCGGAAA